AUUGUGGUGGGACUUGGGAGUAUUUGGGCUCAUUGAGGUUUCACAAGUGACGCCGCGGACAACCAAAAGAACCAAUACUGUACCAUUCUAAACCCUAACCACUGAGCACAAAAAGCCUCUCAUAUCUCCAAUUCCUUUUCCUCAGAAUCUCAUCCAUCUUUUUUCUAUCCGCAGAUCGAUAGCUGAAGAGGGUUUCGACCUCUUUCGAAACCCUUGAUCGUACAACCAGGUGUGUUUAGCAGGAAUGGCCACUGCCGAGGCACCCCCUGGUACGCUUGGUCCCAGAUAUGCUCCGGAUGAUCCAACUCUACCCGAACCUUGGAAAGGUUUAAUUGAUGGAAAUACAGGUGUGAAGUAUUACUGGAAUCCCGAAACAAAUGCUACUCAGUAUGAAAAACCUCCACCCUUGCCAUCCAGGCCUCCACCUGCAACUCCCACACCUAAGAUGAAUCCCUUACCUGCAACGAGAUCAUCACAACCAGACAAUAUUCAGACACCUCAGAAUCAGCAGACGGUACAAACUCAGUUCACGCAAGGGCAGCUUACGAGCUCAUCCUUUCAACAGCACACGCAGGCCACUCAAGUGGCUCCACCUGUCCAAGCACAGUCGCAGAUGAUGCAACAGCCUGGUCAGCAUGCGCCUAUGCAGCCCGUGCAACAGGGGUUUACACAGCCUAUGCAGCCUGGUCAGCAGCAAGCUCCUUAUCAACUGAUGCAGUCGAUGCCUCAUCUUCAGCAAGGACAAAUGUACCCUGGUGCACAGAUGGGACCUCCACAUGGUUUUCAAUUUACCCAUCAGCCUACACAAUACACGGUUCAUCAACGGAACAUGCCUCCACAAGGGCCACAGAGCUCCUCACAACAAUUGCCUCACCAAGAGCAUAAAGCGGAGCAUGGUCAGAUAGACAGUAAUGAUUUUCAUCAAGCAAAGCAACCAGGGUUUGCGCAAGCCAAUCAAACUUUUAUGCAGGGGCAGCAAUAUCCUCACACGCGGGAUCAGAAAACCGGUAACCCUCAGAGAGAUGAUGUUGAGUUUCAGCAAGUAAACCAGGCUGGGUUUUCACCUGCUCAGAUUCAGAAUACUGGGAUGCCACCACUGCAGAACAUGUCCUCAGGAGUCAAUUCAUCUCAUGGACAUAAGAUGAGCAUUCAACUAAAUCAAUCUGUGGAAUACGGUGGACCACGUCCUAAUAUGCAACGGAAUAACCCAUCUAUUCAUAUGCCCCAAAUGGGUGCAGAACCAACACACCCGCACAAUGGUUCUAGGUUUCAAAAUCAAAUGGGCCCUGGGAUGAUGCAUGGCCAGCAGCAGAAUCUUCCACAUCCUGGAUCAAAGAUGCCUUAUGAAGAAAACCAUCCUGGAAGACCUGGAAAUGAAUAUAUUUACAAUACCGCCAAGGAUGUCAAUGCAAUGUCUCCUCAGCUACCUAAGCUCUCACCCCUACCACCUUCAGCUAGAAAUCAACAACAGGAAGCGAGAAUGGGUGAUUUCCCCUCACAAAAUCCCCCCCAUAGUCUUCCAGGCAGAUUUAGUGGUCCUGGAGGGCCUGCAUUGCCUGGUGUUGUUCAUGGUCAUUCCUCUGGUGCCCCUACUUAUCCGAACAAUACUUUUGUGAGGCCUCCAUUAUCAAUGAUGGGACCUUCGGAUCCUAUGCAUCUAUCAGCUGCAGAAAUUUAUCGCCAAAAGCACGAAGUGACAGCCACGGGUGACGAUGUUCCUGCUCCGUUUAUGACAUUUGAAGCUACUGGGUUUCCACCCGAAAUUCUGCAAGAGGUAAGUACUUCAAUGAGAAGUGCGAUAUCUGCUCCAAAAGAGGAGCACAUGUCGUACACUGCAUUACAUUUUGCUGGUUUCUCUGCACCCACACCAAUUCAGGCACAGACGUGGCCCAUUGCUUUACAGAAUAGGGACAUAGUUGCUAUUGCCAAGACAGGCUCUGGGAAAACGCUGGGAUAUUUGAUGCCAGCAUUUAUUCACCUGAGGCGACGACGUAAUAAUCCUCAGAAUGGCCCAACAGUAUUAGUAUUGUCCCCAACCAGGGAGCUUGCGACCCAAAUCCAGGAUGAAGCUAUUAAAUUUGGUCGAUCAUCUAGAGUCAGUUGCACGUGUCUGUAUGGUGGUGCCCCAAAAGGACCUCAGUUGAAGGAACUCGAUAGAGGAGCCGAUAUUGUUGUGGCAACUCCUGGCCGGCUGAAUGACAUCCUUGAAAUGAAGAGGAUUGACUUUAGGCAAGUCUCCUUUCUUGUUCUUGAUGAGGCUGAUAGAAUGCUGGACAUGGGGUUUGAGCCUCAGAUACGUAAGAUUGUCAAUGAAAUUCCUCCAAGAAGGCAAACUCUUAUGUACACGGCUACUUGGCCCAAAGAAGUUCGUAAAAUAGCAGGCGAUCUUCUGGUCAAUCCGGUCCAAGUCAACAUUGGCAGUGUUGAUGAACUUGCUGCAAACAAGUCUAUUACACAGUACGUGGAAGUAGUUCCUGAGUUCGACAAACAGAGACGCCUGGAACAAAUUCUAAGAUCUCAAGAGCGUGGUUCAAAAAUCAUUAUAUUUUGUUCCACCAAAAAGUUGUGCGACCAUCUUGCACGCAAUCUGGGGCGUAACUUUGGGGCCGCUGCAAUUCACGGAGACAAAUCUCAGGGUGAGAGAGACUGGGUUCUGAACCAGUUUCGUAGUGGCAAGUCCCCUGUCCUGGUUGCCACCGAUGUUGCUGCUCGGGGCCUGGAUAUCAGAGAUAUAAGGGUAGUUAUCAAUUACGAUUUCCCCACCGGAAUCGAGGACUACGUUCAUCGCAUCGGGAGAACCGGGCGAGCUGGCGCCACUGGGAUUGCUCACACGUUUUUCUCUGAGCAGGACUGGAAGCACGCUCCCGAUCUCGUCAAGCUCCUCGAGGGCGCCAAUCAAGCCGUGCCUCCCGAGGUAAGGGACAUAGCCAUGCGCGGUGGGCCCACCUUCUCUCGGGACCGUGGCCCCGUGAACCGUUACGACUCGGGCGGCUUUGGGGGGCGCGGAGGUGGUGGCCGAUGGGAUUCCGGCGGCCGUAGGGGCGGAAGAGACGGUGGCUUUGGCGGCCGUGGAGGGAUGAGAGACGGGGGCCGUGGUGGCUGGGACAGGGGAGGUCGUGUGGGCCCGCAGGAGAGGUUCAACAGUAUGGACACGCGGGGCCGCGGCAGGGGACGGGGUAGGGAUCGGUUUGACGGGAGGAGGGAUGGCGCGGAUAGGAGUAGGGGCAGAAGCUACAGCUCGAGCCCCGAGAGAGUGAGGACGUGGGGUGGCUAUAGCCGGAGUCGGAGUCGUAGUUAUAGCCGGAGCCGAAGCAGGAGCAGGAGCUGGUCGAGAAGUAGAAGCAGGAGCUGGUCGAGAAGUAGAAGUAGGAGCCGGAGCCCGAGAAGUAGGAGCAGAAGCAGGAGUUAUGAGAGGUAUGAGAGAAGGCCGCGUGUAUCGAAAUUCGACGUAAUGGAUCCGAAUGCGGAAGUGAGUGUCCCUGUAGGUGUAGGUGCAGGCAGAGGGAAUGGUGGAGUCUCGGGGGCUGAGUCAGCUGAGCAGGGGGGAAUGCGACAACUGUGGCUCGCGACUCUUGGAAAGAUAUCUGAGUGGCUUCCGGUGACU